GAAUUGGCCUCUGAGAUAAAUGAAAAGGAUAGUGAAGUUGACAAUGAAUCAACUGACGAAGAAAUCAGUGACAGCAUUGAUAUUGAUGACCUAGAGGAAGUCCCUGUAAUGAUGGGAGACUCCUUAGCUAAAGCUAAAUUAAAUAUUGAAAAAUUGAGUCCCAAACAAAAAAACAAAUUUGAUGAACUUAUUAAUAAAAAUAAGGAUUUGUUUGCAAAUGAUAUUAGAAUUGCAUUAGGAAAAUUGAAAGAUACCAUGAAUUGGGAUGAAUAUAUACCUGCUGUGUUAUUUGCCUAUCGAACUCAUAAACACAAUAUAACAAG